AUGAUUUUCGCAAUCUUGUUCACGUUCUGGCGCUUCGCCGAGAUCGUCACCUUGAUACCGCUGAUGGGGAUGCUGGCCUACUUUGUGCACAUCUACGUCGACGCCAACGUACUGACGCCCAACUACAUCUUGAUCCUGUUCAUCGUGUCGGUGCUGGGGCUGGCGUGGGCCGUGUUCACGCUGUUCAGCUACCACCGCAGCAGCAGCAACGCGCGCUUCGUGUCGCUCGUCGACCUGGGCUUCGUCGGCGCCCUGAUCGCCGGCGUCUACUACCUGCGCUUCAUCGCCAACGCCGACUGCGCCUCGCUCGACCGCGACGGCGGCAGCCACACCCUCUCGGGAUCCCUCGGCAGCAUCACCAUCAACACCUUCGACCUGUCCUUCAACAAGUCGUGCGCCAUGCUCAAGGCCUGCUUCGCGUUUGGGAUUAUGAACACCAUCUUCUUCUUCAUCACGGCUGUUGUGGCCUUCUUCCACGGCGACCGCGCCGCUACCACGGAGCGCAGGGUUGUCACCGAGCGGCACCACAGCCACCGCCGCCGCAGCCACAGCGGCAGCCACCACAGCAGGAGAAGCUCGCACAGCCACCACCGCACGUACGUGUAG